AUGUCAACCUAUUCUGAAGACCAUUCAUCUGAAAAUCAAACAGUAUUUGUAAAUAUAAUUAAACAGUAUCCUGUUUUGUUGGAAAAAUCUAACAUCCCGGAAAUCAAAAAUAAACGUCGUAAGGCGGUUGAAGAAAUAAAAGAAAAGGUAGAAGCCGAAUUAGGAGUUAAAUAUAAUGAAGGGCAUAUUUGGAAGAAGAUUCAAAACAUAAAAACCAGAUUAAAAGUGAAGACAGACCGAAAUCAAACCGGAAGCAAACCAAUAAAAUUGAAAGGAUGGGAACAAGAACUGUUCAAUUUUCUACAAGGAGAAUCAAAUCCUAGUUGCCCACAAAAAAACGUUGAUUACACUCCAACAGCCUGUGCUGAAGAAGAAACAAUCACCGAAGAAGCAUCUGGAAGUUCAGAACCAGUACUGAAAGCUACCACAAUGAAAGCCGGAUCCAGAAUCCUGAAACCAAAUCGCCAUGGAGAUGAGUAUAUCAACCGAAAAGGGAAACCUAAUUUAAAUGUGCAAGCCACUUGUGAUGCCAGAGAGAUGUUCACAAGUGUUAAUGUUAGUUGGCGUGGAUCAGUGCAUGAUUCCAGAAUAUGGAGAAAUUCACAGACUAGAUCACAACUAAUAAAUAAAGCAAAUGUUGUACUACUUGGCGAUUACGGUUAUGGUAUUGAGCCAUGCCUUACGACUCCGUUCAGAAAUCCUACUCCAGGUGCAGAAAUGAAUUAUAAUAAGCUUUUAAAACAAGAAAGAGUUAUAAUCGAACGCUGUUUCGGCCAACUGAAACGCCUGUUUUCUAUCCUACAGUAUAUUUGCCGCGUUAAGUUGAAAAAUAUAAUAAUUAUUGCUUGUAUUAUACUCCAUAAUGUUGCGAAGAGCUUGGGCGAUCCUGACUUUGAGCUAGUUGAACAAGACCCAGAUGAAGAUGAAGGAAAUCGAAAUGAAGAAAAACAAUAUUUUUUGAAAAAGCAUAACAUUGAGAAAAAUAUUGAAAUUUCAGUUUUAAGUUCUAAAAUUAAACAUACUCGAACAUAUAAGUUGUUUCAUCAUCAUUGUGCUGAGGUCGACGACAACUUAGCUAAAGUUAAGCGUGAUUGUGCGGGAAUCAAAUGGUUCUGCAGCGAUUGUCUUCCAAUGAUAAAUGGCAAGCUGAAAAUGGCAGAUUUUGGGGAAGCAGUAUUUAAUCGAAAACCUGAAAAGUCUGAAGUUAGAGUGCCUGGUUCACGGGCGUCAAGGAGCAGUGCUAGUGUGCCCGAAAGUGCUUUAGCUGUAUUUGCUAUCGUGAAAAAAGUGGACCAUUCAUAUUUGUUGAUUAAGCCUGCAGAUCGUUCUACUUCGUACAAAACUGUCGAAAAUGAUUUUAAAUCUCGUUAUUCGCCUGGUGCUCUUAAUGUCAAUAUCAACAAGACUAAACUCACCAAAAAUGGUCUGAUGAUCAGCUGUAAUAGCAAAAAAGAUGUGGAUGCUCUAAAAGAUUCUCUAAAAUCUGAUUUAGGAAGUAAGUUCGAUAUUUGUGAGCCUACCAAAAUGUUUCCUAGAAUGUUGAUACAGGGUGUACCUAACGACUGUUUCAAAAAUCCUGGUCCAGAUAAACUUGAAUUUGUUGAUAGUUUUGUUGACGACUUAAUAUUCAAUAACAAUUUAGGUGUUAAUUCAGAUUAUAUAAAAAUAAUUAGUUGCUAUAAGGUUAAAAAUACAAAAAAUGUUGUUAUCGAGGUGGUUCCUUCUAUGUUCAAAUUACUUAGUAGCAAAGGGUUUGUUUUUAUUGGCUGGGUGAGAUGUACUGUGAGGGAAAAUUUAUAUUUGCUACGUUGUUACAAAUGUUGUAAAUUUGGUCAUGGUAAGAAAGAUUGCCGAAGCAAGAAUGUUGUCUGUUCUAAGUGCUCAGGUUUUCAUGAAUUUAGAGAUUGUAAAACUGAUGAUUCUUGUUGUCCUAACUGUAAGUUUCAUAAUGAUAGAUAUAAAACUAACUGGUGUACAAAGCAUGUUGCAAGUGAUACCUCUUGCAGUUAUUACAACAUGAAGAUCGAUAAUUUGAAAAUAAUAAUAAUAAUAAUAAUAAUAAUCCGGCUUUAUUUAUACAAAGUAUAA